CAUGGGCGGCCCGCGGGCCUGGACGCUGCUCUGCCUCGGGCUCCUGCUCCCGGGAGGCGGCGCCGCGUGGAGCGUCCCGGGCGCCCGGUUCUCGGGUCGCAGGAACUGGUGCUCCUACGUGGUGACCCGUACUGUCUCCUGCCAUGUGCAGAAUGGCACCUACCUCCAGCGAGUGCUGCAGAACUGCCCGUGGCCCAUGGGCUGCCCUGGGAGCAGCUACAGAACUGUGGUGAGGCCCACGUACAAAGUGAUGUACAAGACAGUGACUGCCCGUGAAUGGAGGUGCUGCCCUGGACACUCAGGGGUGACCUGUGAGGAAGGCUCCCCUGGCUUCCUGGAGCCUACAUGGUCAGGAAGCACCAUGCGGCGGAUGGCAGUGCGCCCCACAGCAUUCUCAGGUUGUCUCAACUGCAGCAGAGUGUCUGAGCUGAGCGAGAGGCUGAAGGCGCUGGAGGCCAAGGUGGCUGUUCUGAGUGUCACAGAGCAGACAGUGUCCUCGAUCCCAGCUCCCCCUGAGGACUCUGCCCUGCUUUGGGGAUCCCCAGCUACCCAGGGCAGCCCUGGAGAUGGAGACCUGCAGGACAGAGUUGAUCCUUGGGAGCUGCCUGGGCCCACUGGCCCCAAGGGAGACACUGGCAGCCAGGGCUCAGUGAGGAUGAGAGGCCCACCAGGUCCACAGGGACCCCCAGGACGCCCUGGCCAGACCGGGGCUUCAGGCAUCCCAGGAGAGAUGGGCCCUCCAGGCCCUCCAGGUCCUCCUGGGCCCCCAGGACCUCCAGCCCCUGCUGGGCCACCCCAUGCCCACAUCUCCCUGCAUGGAGAUCCAUUACUGUCUAAUACCUUCACCGAGACUGGCAGCCACUGGCCCCAAGGACCCACUGGGCCCCCAGGCCCUCCGGGCCCCCCAGGGCCCAUGGGUCCUCCUGGACUUCCUGGCCCUGCGGGUGCCCCUGGGAGUCCUGGACACAUGGGAACCCCAGGCCCUUCUGGACCCAAAGGAAGCUCUGGCCCCCCGGGGGAGAAGGGUGAGAGGGGACUGCCUGGGGAACCUGGCCCCCAAGGGCUAAUGGGGUUGCAGGGAGAACCUGGCCCCAAAGGAGACCCUGGAGAGAAGAUCCACUGGGCUCCUAGCUUACAGAGCUUCCUGCAGCAGCAGGCCCAGCUGGAGCUCCUGGCCAGACGGGUCACCCUGCUGGAAGCCAUCAUCUGGCCAGAACCAGAGCUGGGAUCCGGGGUAGGCCCUGAUGGCACGGGUACCCCCAGCCUCCUUCGAGGCAAGAGGGGAGGACACCCAACCAACUACCAGAUCGUGACCCCCAGAAGACGCAACGAGAGGAGCUGAGAUGGUGGUGACUCUUCCUCCCCCAGCCUGGACUUGGACAGCUGCCUCCAGAGACUGCCAGUUCCUAUUUAUUAAUAUCCUCAGGGACCCUGUGCCAUCUUGGCCUUAGGGGUAGGCAGGCAGGGCUCAGUGAUGUCAGUCUGUACUUCACAGACUAGGCAGGGGCAGGUCCCGAGGGGAAGCCUGCUCAGAAUUCUGUCAGGCCUCACUUGCACCUGGUCUAUCUCCCUGUGACAUGGGGUGAAAAGGCCUUAAAGGGGAGCAGUGGAGGCACAAGGCUUCCAGUGUUCUGACACAGGGCCCGGGACUCUGCCUGGCUCUACAGACAUGUCAGGAUGGGGGCACAAGUCCCAGUUCCCCUCCUUAAAACCUUGGGGAGUCCCGUUUCCUGGUGCUGAUUCCCACCUGAGUCUAGGCUGCUUAACCCCUGACUGAAUGGUUGGUGCUCCUUAUGUCAGUUCUACCCAAGCCCCCACUCCCCAGUGUCCCAGGUGGGGACGGGAUGUGUAGAAGGGACUCCCACUCCAAGUAUCUGCUGCAGAUGCAUGGAUUGCUAUGUACUGGACAAUAAAUGUCUCUGCCGGACC